AUGCAGUUCUUCUUCCCCAAAAAGCACAAACACCAUAAGAUCACUCUUUACUUGAUGCUGGCCGAGUUCCCGAUCACUAUCGUCAUGCUGACUUUGACCGGUAUUGCUUCACACAAUCUAUACCGGACAUUAUUAUGGCAAGACGGUGCAGACAAUGGGUUCAACAGCGCUCCAAAUGAGGCGCUCUACGCAGCAUCAAACUAUAGGCCGUAUAAGGCCCCAAUGGUCUGGUCUGGAUUCAUCACCAACUACAACCUUGUUCUCGGGGUGCUGAGCACAUUCUUCCUGAUCACUAAACUGCCUGUUCACUGGAUGAAUCUACUCUACCCUCCUGUCGCUGCUGGGAUCCAUACGUCCCUGAUCGUUCUCUAUAUCGUAUCGGCCCGGUUCCAAGGAGGCUCUGACAUGUCGGAUCCAAGUCACCCCCAACCAGGAGCACCGUGGUACAUUGCGAAGAGUUGCAGUGUCGCCGCUCGUAAAUCCAAUAUCCCAUACUGCAUGCAAGCCAAAGCGCUAUUUGCUGUUACGGUCAUCAUCAUUGUCUACUAUUGCGUGAUCCUCGGCUUCAACAUCCAUUCCUGCUUCAUCACCCCCGAGGAACGCGAGGAGAUCCUGGAACGCAGGGAAGAGCGCCGGAUCGAGAAGGAGUUCGAAGAGGAGAUCAUGAAGUCCCCAAGUAUGAUCCCCAUGACACCGGGCUCGAUGCCCCGAGGCCCAGGCAUGGUCCCUCGCACCCCUGGCAUCCCGCCAAUGGCCGUCGGCGGAAGUGUCUCGCCAUUUGCUCCGCGCCAUUUGGCUUUCAACCGCCUUGGUAAUGGCAGCACUUCCUCAGAUCUCCCUCUGCGGAACAACUCCCAUUCACACGACCAAUACCCGUCGCAGCCGCAGUCGCAGGCAGUGAGCCCGGAGAUUCAGACGGGUUCGCCAAUGUAUUUCCCGCCUCCGCCAAAGAAGGCUGCUAAGACUUGA